ACGUAGGUAGUGCCAAUAACAAAGCGGUUGGGCUGGCGCUUCCGGGUUAUGCUGCUGAGCGAGUGGGCAGAUAGGGAUUUUUAAGACAUGAAUUACGUCACGUGUAACAGCGAUUCGGCCAAUGGAAAUGCCCGAGUAUACGGAAACAGGGACGAGAGGGAGGGAAGUCAUAGAUGCUGUCACUUGUGGCCAAUGAAAGAAGUAGGUCCUCCCGGUAGUGUCCCAGGUUCUCGAGCGCACCACGUGGGCCCGGAGGGGGAAGGCGGGGCUAGUCUGAAACACCAAUGGAAGCGGGAGUAGGCGGGUUCGCGUGCAGGUGCAGGAGGCGGGGCAUGUCCAUCCGAGCCAAUGAGAGCACGAAGCGCUUGAGGCGGGUGCAGGUGGCUGCCGCAUGUCGGACGCGGCGCUGUUCGAGAGUUUCUGCACGCCGAGAUGGUGGCGGAGCUCCGGGCGCACGACCCCGAACCCGGCCCCGGGGUGAACGCCGGGCACGGGCCGCGGCGGAAAGCAGGGUUGAGAACCGGGAAGGGCGGACCUCUUCGGAGUUUUCACUGGUCCCUGUCAGGGCCGGGCCACUGGGGCCACAGUAACAGCAGCUGUGGAAGAGCAGCUGCCAAGUGCCAGGCCUACCAGCACCAUGAGGCAGGCACUGCCAUCGGCCCCAUUUCACAUACCCGAGCAGACCUGGCUUCCUCAGAGGCGCCCGGCCCAGUGGAGGACACCGCCCGAGCCCUCACAGUGCAGCUUUUCUCCCAUGCGAUGUCCCCCAUGACAGGGCUGUGGACGCCAUGUGCAAGCGUGGAGGUAUGUCGUGGCGGCGGGGCAAAGCCAGGCUCCCCCUCGGAAGGCCUGAGCCCGGCCAGGCUGGGGAGGAAGGUCCUCCUGGGUGUUCUCCCCCCUGAACUGACAGACACGGGCAAGUCAGUCUCGAAGUCCCCUUUGCAUCUACUACACCAGGCAGCUUCCAGUGAGAGGUGGCCAAGGGCCCCUGAGCCUCUCUCCCUGGCCUUUCCGGGACAGAAGACGAGCCUGUCUGUCCUGGAGGACCUGAGCUUCCAUGUAGGCCAGGCCCCGAGGUAGAGGCUGCCCCAGGAGAUGCUGGCCUUCAGGGAGGAGCUGGACGUCCUUAAGUUCCUGUGCGAAGACCUGUGGAUGGCCGUGUUCCAAAAGCAGAUGGACAGCCUCUCCACCCAUCACCAGGGCGCCUAUGUCCUCCACGACAACAGCUCCCCCUUCCUCACCCAGAUGGCCUCUGGCCCACAGUAUCUGGAGGACUCACCCGAGGAAUGGGGGUCCCUGGCCUCCACCUGCAGCCUCCUGAGUGGCACCCUUAGCACCCUGGGAGUCAAGAGCCUGGCCACUCCGUGCCAGCCCUGCCCACCUGUGAGUCAUUAG